AUGGCAUCAAGUCUCCGUCUGCUCCUGCCGCAUGCAGCGGUAUACCCAUGGCUUGAUAUGAUCGUCUCGUCCAGCAUCAGCGAUGGCUAUGCGCCGAGUUGGUCUGGGCUGCUCUGCUUGGGCUCAGUCGCUAUAGCCGGGACGGACAUCGUGUUUGUUGGUCGAUCAGGUACACCGUUGCCGCUGCAGUGA